AUGAAUACCGUCCGAUCAUUCUGGCUCGGAUGGGGUUCUUUGUGUGUUGCGGGCGGUGCGGCCUACGUCUUUGCCAAGAGGAGCAUCAACGCAGAUCGCCAAGCGCGCGCUGAAGAUCAAAGACGGAAGAAGUCCAUGAUCGACUCUCUCGAAUACUCGGACAAUGUUCCCAACAGACCGCUGUCAUCAGCAACAAUGGGCGGCUCAGAAACGCGAGACACAAACGGAGCGCCUGCGCGAACUGAUACGGCCGGCUCACCAAGUCAAGAAGCGAGCAGCGAUCCAGCACCGACGAGACAUGCGCCAACAACAGAGGGAGAAAGAGUGUUCGAGAAGAGCAAGUACGAAAGCGCCACGCCGUAUAGGAGUCGGAAAGGAGAUCGGUUUUCAUGA